ACGUAAGAGACGAGCUGACUUCGCUGUAAGAUUUUUCACUCCCAGAAAUUUAACGCCAAACCAGCUUCAACUGUGGUUAAAGCCGUCAACAAAGGUUUCAAGAGAGGAGGGACAUAGCAUGGCACUCAUAAACGUCUAUAACACGAUCGACUCGGCGUUGCAGGACAGGACCCGAUCGUGGACGGCGCCAUUCGUGUGGCUCGAGGGUCGGACCGGUAUCAGCCAUGUGAAACUGUUCUUGGGCUGCAUGUUGACCGCUUUAGCGUUCGUCAUCGCAUCAGGCCGAAUGGUUAUGCUGGUCAGCAACCUGCUGGGGUUCGCGUAUCCCAUGUACGCCACCAUCGAACUCAUGAUGCGGGACGACAUUCGUGGUGAGACACCAUCUCCACCGGUGCCCGCCGAACAGCACGGACGUGGUGCACCCGUUUCGCCGGCCACCCGGUGGCUCACGUACUGGAUAACGUUUGCGGCCGUGCUCAUCGUGCAGCAACUGUGCGGUGACGUGUUGCAGAUCAUACCGUUUUACUUCCUCGCCAAGAUUGUGUUUUUCGCGUGGUGCGCGUUGCCAAUGGAAGCCAACGGCGCCACGUUCGUGCACAGAUUCAUCGUGCGUGAUUAUUUAAAGCAAUUUUUCAUCUGA